CGAGUAUAAUCAAAACGUUUGCGACUCUUCUAUAGUAAUUUCCUAAACAAAUACUCUGAACCGUUCUUAAAACAAAAAACAAUUCAGUGAAAAUGCGCGCCUUCAGCGUUUGCUUAGUACUGGUCCUAUUCGUGGCGCUGCUGGUCGGCACUAGCGGUAAUCCCGUCGGCGAUAAUGCCGUGCUCACUUCAGAGACAGCCGAAAAACCGUUAACUUUGUUCGAUGUCGACGCGCAGCAAGGACAUGAAAACGAAGGCGAUCGCUUGGCGCGGGCUUACGGUGGCUACCGUGGUGGCUAUGGUGGUUAUCGUGGCGGUUAUGGUGGAUAUCGUGGCGGAUAUGGUGGAUACCGCGGUGGAUAUGGCGGUCGUCGUGGUGGUUAUUAUGGUUAAAAUGACGAGAAAUAUACGAAAAACUAUAAUGUGAAUUGUGAAAUUAAAUUAAAUUUGUUGUGUUUUCUAAUAAAAAAUUAUUACGGGAUAUUGCAUGAGUUAAAA